GGGGGGUGAACGCCGGUCACGUGGCAACACUGCGGAAGAAGCCGGAGGGGCGUGGCGACCGGGUCACGAGUGGCCGGAAGUUGCGGCCUCUGCAGAUAAUUCGAGAUGGGGACCUCUCUGGACAUCAAGAUUAAAAGAGCGAAUAAAGUGUAUCACGCCGGGGAAAUGCUCUCUGGUUUGGUGGUCAUCUCUAGCAAGGACUCUGUCCAGCACCAGGGAGUGUCUUUGACAAUGGAAGGGACUGUCAGCCUCCAGCUCAGUGCCAAGAGCGUGGGUGUGUUUGAAGCCUUUUACAACUCUGUGAAGCCGAUCCAGAUUAUCAACAGCAGCAUCGACGUGCUGAAGCCAGGAAAGCUCCCCAGUGGCAAGACUGAGAUUCCCUUUGAGUUCCCUCUGCAUGUGAAGGGCGGCAAAGUCCUGUAUGAGACGUACCAUGGCGUGUUUGUCAACAUUCAGUACACACUGCGCUGUGACAUGCGGCGGUCCCUGCUGGCCAAGGACCUGAGCAAGACCUGUGAAUUCAUCGUUCACUCUGCUCCUCAGAAGGGGAAGCUGACCCCAAGUCCUGUUGACUUCACCAUCACCCCGGAAACCUUGCAAAACGUCAAAGAGAGGGCCUCGCUCCCCACGUUCUUCAUUAGAGGACGUCUGAACUCCACUAACUGUGCUAUCACGCAGCCCCUGACCGGAGAGCUGGUGGUAGAGCAUUCGGAUGCUGCUAUCCGGAGCAUAGAGCUUCAGCUGGUCCGGGUGGAGACUUGUGGGUGUGCAGAAGGCUAUGCACGAGAUGCCACAGAAAUUCAGAAUAUUCAAAUUGCUGAUGGGGACAUUUGUAGGAACCUUUCUGUCCCCUUAUACAUGGUCUUUCCAAGACUGUUCACCUGUCCAACACUGGAGACCACCAACUUCAAAGUGGAGUUUGAGGUGAACGUGGUGGUCCUCCUUCAUGGUGACCACCUCAUCACCGAGAACUUCCCGCUGAAGCUCUGCCGGACAUAGUCCAGCUGCAGGAAGGGACAGCAGGAACGGCCACAUGGACUUGCCCCAGUCAUCGGUUCACGCGUGGAUGUCACUCGGGCCAUCUGCUCACAGGCACCACAUC